UAAAGGCACGUGUGGACCACCUGAUGACUGCAGAGACCACAAACACCAAAACCAUUCAGGAUCUAACCACACGUGUGGACAAGCUGGAUGCCAUGUCAGACAAACGUAAGGUGUGGUUUGCAGCAGUAGGGGGCGACACAAAGACAAGUGAUGACAAGGUGAUCUUUGGCGGAGUGCUCACCAACGAGUGUAACGCCUAUGAUGCCAACACAGGCAUUUUCACAACCCCCUACAGGGGUGCCUACUUCUUCACCGUGUCCUACCUAUCAGUUGGUAAGAAGAUUUAUCUAGAAGUGUAUAAGGAGAAGAAGGAUGGGCACAAAGAGUUGCUGUCGCAGCUGUUUGACACCGCCUACAACACAGGGAAUUACUACAUGGCCUCCAGCAGCAGGAUGGUUGACCUGGAGGAUGGAGAGAAGGUGUAUGUCUAUGCUGGUAGUGGCCAUGAACUUACAGAUAGUUGGUCUAACAUGUUCAGUGGCUUCCUGGUGUAUCCCAUGUAAAGUGGGGGCGGGCGCAUCCAUCCAUGAUAUCAGGGAUAUCAGGGCAGUAUCGCUAUGGGAUGGAUGCUUUGAUGUGUAUUCCAUGAUAUCGUGUGGCUAACGUUCCACGUGUGUUUAUGGGUAUUGAAGGGCGUACAGGUGGCGUGUGGCUGAUGCCACCUACUGGUAACGCUUGUCAUAUUUACUCGUAUUCUGCUCUGUAUUGUUUUCCUAAAGGGACUGUUUGCCAACAUCCCGCCCUCUUCCUGUGUUGGCACGGAAGGCUAUUGCUAACAUGCCAGCUUCUAUUUGUUCCCUUGAAAUGUUGUUAUGAUUUGCCAACCA